AUGGAGCGUUCCAAGAGGGAAAAAGAUCGAACAAAAGCAAAUUCAAGACAUCCUAGUCAAGAAACCUCAAAUGGGUGCAAAUUAUUCGAAAUUNUGGCACUAAUUUGGAAAUAUCGAGCUAACUCACAAGAGCAUAAACAGAUUGCCUUUGGCUUGAAAGUGUUCUAUGAAAACUAUAAGGACAAGUAUUGGUUCUGGGAGAUAGCUGAGAUGUACCGGAAGCUGAUCUUUAUUUCAGUCAUUCUUCUGUUUGACUCCGAAAGUGAUUCUCAAAUUGGCUUUGCUGUGAUGGCAGCAAGUGCAUCAGGAAUUGUGUAUACUAUCUUUCGACCGAUAAAAGACAAAUUUGAAGAUCGACUGCAAACAUUUGUGCUCUGGGUAAUAUUUUUUAAUGUCUGUCUUGGUGCAAUUUACUCGCAGCCAACCAUCAAGGACAGCAGCGGAGAAAGCAAUUCCACCUUUAUAAACGUGGCGUUUCUGAUUCUUAACAAUGCCGUGCUGAUCAUGGUAGUUGGAAAAGGUGUUCAUCAUCUAAAAGAUGCUUACCGAUGCAAGAGGCACCAGAGGUUGGAAAUGAUGGAUCCAAUGACAAAUGAACACUCUGAUGAUGAGGAUUAAAGUCAUCCUUCUCGAAUCAGCCUUUAAAGUUUAUAUUUCUGAUUGAAUGUAGAAGAUAAAUUUUAUAAUUUAAUUCAAGUAAGCAAACCUAUAGUGUAGGAGGCAAGACUGAUUAAUGACUCAGCCUUUGACGUUUCUAUUCCCAAUUAAAAGUUCAUCGGGAAUGAAAAGAGAGGAAGACUGCAUUUUUUUCUUUUCAUUAUUUUCAUUGAUUGGCUGUAGGUUUCAAGUCAAUUGCAAACCAACUAUAAUUAUUGUUAACGGGUAAUUUGAUAUUUUACCCAACCCUACUAGUCAUUGUUAAUAGGAGAAGGACACUCAUUCAAACCUCUAUAAUAUUUGAACACUUGUGAUGUGCCGAUUCAUUUAUGAUCUUGAAAAGCGAUCGAUUCUUUAAUGGAAUUUAUCAGGUAAGCAUCAAUUGACAAAACGAAGUGGAUCCUGUAUUCUGAAUGGCAACCUCAGCAGGUGUUAUGGGCCCAUCCUUCCCGCUAAGGAUUUUCAACUUUGAUUCAUCCCAAGAAAAAAAAAUUGUGCAGCGAACUUAUAAACUUCGUAUCUACUGGAAAAUGUCUGCAAUGGAUUCACAAAAAACCGCAAAGGAGAGUCUAAACCUAAACGACUCUCUUCGGUUUUUUGUCUUACAAGCACAUUUGGCUUUCUUUUCCUCCUAUAAAAAAAGACGUCUCUUUUGAUAACAGGAGAAAAACGUCUUUUUUGAUUCCUAUCAACCGGAUAGUAAUUUAAUAGUAAUCUUAUUUGAAGUCAAUUACACAGGGAAUAGUUGCCCAGAUCUCCCGAGCCAGAGGCUAGUGACAAAAGUGAUUGACAAAGAAAAUAUAAAAAGCAUUAUGUAUAUA